AUGAAAGUAUCAACAGCUGUACCUGAAGUUAUUUAUUUAAGUGAUGAUGAUGAAACUGUUAUUGUUUCAUCUAACGUGAAAAAUUGUACAGCAGUCAAACAGUCAAGUUUUAAUCAAUCAUCAUCUUCAAACGGGAAUGAUGAUCUAUCUGACUGGCUGUCAAUUCAAUCGCAAGAUAUUUUGCAAAUACCCGAAUUGCUAUCAAAUUGGACUAAUGUUUUACAGAAGCCGAUGGUAAUUCAAUGUAUAAAUGUCAGAUUUGGUAUAAUUGAAUUUCAAGUGGAAAAACAAUCGGUUUUUCUAAAAGAAACAGAAAUAGAAAUGAAAUUAAAAGGACAGUCGAAAGGACGUUCACUAGAAAAUUUAAAUAUUAAAUUAGCCUAUUCAGAUGUUGUACGAUUUGUUUACUUUUAUGAAUCACGUCCACCUGCUGCAUUAAUACAGGUUCGAAAAGAAUUUGCCGAUUUGUUUGAACAGUUUAUACCAUCUGCCGAUGAAGAAGGUUUAGCAUUUGAUCCAAUGUCAAAAGAUGAAAGAAGACGUCAUGUUCUUUUACAAUUAAAACCGAUAUCGUCUGAUGUUGAAAAGAAUAAUAUACCAGCUAUUUAUCAUUAUUUAAAAGCACGAUCACCAAGAAUGAGUAUAUGCUAUAUCGUUGGAUUGAAAAGUCAAGAAGUUUAUAAUUUAUCUCGUUUUGGUAAUCCAUCAUCUUCUUCAUCAUCAUCCCCACCAACACAAUUGUCGACUAUUAGUCCAGCAGAUUUAAUACCAAAAACUGUUUUUCUAAAUCACAAUCGAAUACGUUUUGAUUUAACACGUGAUGAUUUAAUGUGUUUAACAGAAGGAGAAUUUUUAAACGAUACAAUUAUUGAUUUUUAUUUACAAUACAUCUACUAUGAAAUAUUAACUCGUGAAGAUCGAAGACGAACAUAUUUGUUUAAUUCAUUUUUUUACACACGUUUAACACGAAAAAGUAAUGGUGACGAUUCUAGUGUGCCCGCAUCUAUUCGACGUUAUAAUCGUGUUAAACGUUGGUUACGGCAUGUUGAUAUAUUUAAAAAAACAUUUUUGAUUAUUCCUAUUAAUCAAUACACUCAUUGGUAUUUGGCAAUUAUUUGUUUUCAUAAUAGUGUUGAAACAGAUACUGAUUUAUUAGUAGUUAAUGAUAAUUCAUCGAUGUUAUCAACACCACAAGCUGCAAUGUCAAAACCAAAUACAUCAUUUUUCAUUCCAAAUAAUUCUAUUCAGUCUAUGCAAUCAGCUUCUACGAAGACGAACGGCGAAGAUGGUCAUGACCAUAUUACAACGUUAUCAAAUGAACGCAAUAGAAUUGAUGUCAUUGACGAUACCGAUGAAGUACAAACUGAUACAUCAUUGUCUGAGGAUGAAAACUCGAUGACAACAAUUAAUAAUAAUAAUAAUAAUCGUACUGGAGAUUCGAAUUCAAUUUCAACAACAUCAGUAAAACGUCCGUGUAUUAUCAUCUUUGAUUCAUUAAAAGUUGGCUCAAAAGCAUGUGUUAUUGCCACAUUACGUGAAUUUCUCAUGUUAGAAUAUGAACAUAAAAAAUUAAGAUUAUUAAAAUCACCAUCACAAAAAAAGCAUUAUAAUGUUGAAAUGAUUAAGGGCAUAAUAUCACAUGUACCACAACAACCAAAUUUUUAUGAUUGUGGUUUAUAUGUUUUACAAUAUGCUGAAUGUUUUUUUAAAUAUCCAUUGAUAAAUUUUACAUCAGCCGAAGUGCCAACAAAUUGGUGCGAUAAAGAGAUCAUGAAUUCAAAACGAAAACAAAUUUUAAGUGUUAUUAAUCAACACGCACUCACUAUUAAAGAGCAAACUACACUGAAUGGCACAUUAUCAGCAAAAGUAACCAACUGA